GUGUGGUUUCACUACACCCUUGGCUUUCUCACUGGUCGUAUGUUAGCUUCGUGAACAAUGACUACAGACAAAGAGGUGCUAUAUACUAGCUCUCUACGCCCACGUGUCUGUUUCGAUGUGUUUCACCUAGGAGCAGAGAAGAGGGGAACAGACUGACGUAACAUAGUCCCGGCAUCCUCCGCCGCCACAUCAUCCUCUUCUCAGCAGCAGAACGACCCUUCUUGGUGAAAGUGAACAGAAUAUACAGAGGACAGGCAGAGAUGAGACGGAAAAGAAACCAAAACGUAUAGAGUAACGAUUCUCACAUGCUUGCUUUUGGUCGUAGUUGAUAAGGACCGCGCGCUUGAACUAGAAAUAAGCUACAUUAUAUUUUAGCCGACGUUGUUACUAUUUUAGCGUCUAUAAACUAUUCAUUGUUUAUGUCAAGAGUAUAAACUGAAACACAUUGAGGUUUCAACAACUCUUGGAAAAUGCUACAAUCUCUAACUAGCAAUUCGUGUGUGCGGUUGAUACAAAGUCACAAAUCGACAUGGUAUUUUUUGCUUCUAGUCUUGGGAUAUAUUCUUUAUCUUAUAUUCGGAGCUGUUGUCUUUUCAUCGGUGGAACUGCCUUAUGAAGACCGGCUAAGACAGGAGUUACGAACCAUCAAAAAACUGUUCCUCCAGGACCACGAAUGUCUGUCGGAAGAACGCCUUGAGGGGUUUUUGGAGAAAGCGCUCGAGGCCAGUAACUAUGGAGUGUCCAUUCUCAAUAACUCAUCGGCAAAUUGGAACUGGGACUUCACCUCCUCGCUCUUUUUCGCCAGUACUGUAUUGUCUACCACAGGAUACGGUCACACCGCUCCGCUCUCCGACGGGGGAAAAGCUUUUUGUAUCGUCUACUCUGUGCUCGGCAUCCCCUUCACCCUCCUCUUCCUCACUGCCGUGGUCCAACGCAUCAUGAACUUCAGCACACGCCGGCCCGUCAUGUAUGUGUCCACCCGCUGGGGCCUGUCCAAACCUCUCGUAGCCGUGGUCCACGCCACGCUCCUCGCCAUCCUGGCUGCUUCCUGUUUCUUCCUCAUCCCGGCGGCCAUCUUCUCCUCCUUAGAGGAGAACUGGAACUUCCUGGAGAGUUUCUACUUCUGUUUUAUAUCUCUCAGUACCAUCGGACUGGGAGAUUACGUACCAGGAGAGUCCUUCAACCAGAGGUUCAGACAGAUCUAUAAAGUGGGCAUCACUGUCUACCUCCUCCUGGGCUUGGUCGUGAUGCUGGUGGUCCUGGAGACGUUCUGUGAGCUGCAGCAGCUGAAGACCCUGAGGAAGAUGUUCUAUCUGAAGAAGGAGAAACCACAGGACCGCCUGGCUAUACUGGAGCACGACCAUCUGGCCUUCACCGCCGUGUCCCACCGGAACAACUCCACCUCGCUCAGGGAGGACAACACCAAGAACCUGCCCUUCGUUAGUGUCCCCGAGCUGGCCUCGCCCGGUGGGGACGACCCCAUGAUCGGCUAGAAAGGGGGUGGGGAUAGUUAAAAUGUUGAGGUGAAACUCAGGGGGGAGGGAUGGUGAAUCUAAGGUUGCAAUCCAAUUCUCUAUCCUUCUUCUGAAGUGUGCACUUGAUCACUGCAUUUGUCACUAUACCCUGAUGAAGACAGCUUGUCUGUCGAAACGUUGGUUAUUAGGAUAUUAAAUGAUUGCAUCUGAGCCCCUGGGUGUGCAGCUCUCCUUUUCUUUUUCAAGUGUUCUACUCUGCUAGCUAGCACCUCGCCUAAACGCGUGUUCUACUCCGCUAGCUAGCACCUCGCCUAAACGCGUGUUCUACUCCGCUAGCCAGCACCUCGCCU